AUGCGAGUCUUGCUCCUCUUGUCAAUUUUCACAAUCCUCAUCGACACGAGUAUCUGCGUCAUCACAUUCAUCAAUCCUCCUGCUGCCGAUGGUAGACAACUCUCUGAUUAUGUUUUCAAUACUGUCUUUGUCGAAGGGACGUCAGUGACACUUCAAUGGACAGCAGGGCCAGAGGGACUCCCAACGUCUAUGACACUAUUUCAAGAAUCUGCCGAUGGGACAAAAGCAUUAGAACCAUUUGAAUAUGUCACACAGAAUUUAAUUUCUAACGUCACCACUUUCAUUUGGGACGUCACAACUACGAAAGAUCUCACAGUUUCAAACACUUUCUUUUUCGCCAUAUAUCUAGACAAAGCAACUUCUGGCAGUUCAGCCAGUCAGUUCUUCAACAUUACCCGCAAACCGGAAGACACAAAGUCAGAAACAGCAAGUACAUCUUCAACCACGAGCUCUACCAUAGCUAGUAGCAAAAUAACCGCAUCAAAAAGCUCAAACCCAUCCUCCAGCACCACCAGUAAGACCACAAGUACCACAAGUACCACAGAAAUAGCAGCUGCUAUUUCUUCUUCAGACACCAGCUCUACAACAGUCAGUACCACUACGGGUACGUCCACAAGUCCUCCUUCAAUUGCCGGCACAACAACCCUGGCGACCAGCACCACAGCACCAGUAGCUGCAGUUACAUCUUCAGCUGCGACAACCGCCGCACCAACACUAGUUGCUACAGGGUUAAGCAACGGGACAAAAGCUGGACUCGGGAUCGGGAUACCGGCUGCCAUCCUCUUUGGUCUCAGCGUUGGAUGGUUUGUCUUUGGAAAAAAGACCAAGCAAAAGCCACAUAUCUCCGGCCCUCUACCUAUAAUUAGCUAUCAGGAAUCUCAGAAACUGAAUCAACUGAGUCGACUAGCAUUUCCUCCAACAUAUUUACAAACAAAUUCCCCGCCAUACCACCAGCCGAUCGUGCCGCCAAUUCCACCAGGACCGCAACAGUUGAGUGGAGAAAGCCGCGUAGUCCCGACUCUGUUUGAGCUACAGGCGAGUCGUCGUUAG